CUAGUAUCUCUUUUCCUCUACUCAUCUUUAUAUACCUGCUUUUAUUAACUUCCCAGUUAACUUGAACGCCUAUCUCUAUAUUUUACGUUUGACUGUUCUAUUACAUCACAGGCAAUGACAAUGAAUGAAACUACUGCAGCAACGCCUCUGCAACAAGACGCUCUCCGGCAGAGCAACACACAAACUUCUGCAGCUCGUACGUAAGAUUCCAAUUGCACAGUUGCCUGAAUAUCUUUGCCUCUCUUUCUCUCUCUUUCUCUCUGUCCCGAGCAAUCGACUAAUGAAUGAUAUUAUACGAAUAACCGUACCAUUGGAAAAUUGGUCAUUUUAUUUUUCCGUUUUUAUCUUUCUUUAUAGGCCAUGAGCCUUCUACGGCCGAUCUGUCGAUGAACGAAGCCGUGAAUCAUGCCUCAAACGAAGAUGCAAAAGUGGGUCAUGAUGAUGAAAUGUCACAUCCAGGCAAUGACGACACGAUCACCCAAGUGAAAGGGUUUCUUCAACGGUUGGGACUCGGUCCGUUGCUGAAAUCCGAAGAACAGCGAAAGACGGAAAAAGAACAGCAUCGUAAGGAUGUUAUCGAUGCGUCGUCCGUCCGCAGUGUUAGUUCGGCGACUUCCGGUAGCAGUGGAGAUUCGUGGAGUAGUGAGUCAAGUAAUGCCGAACCGGUCGCAUUCACUUCGUCGUCGGAACUCGGCCUCAAGUAUCCGACCAACACCCCGAUUCACAAUGUCCCGUAUGUCAAGAUGAAGUCUCACAAUAAAAAGAACCGCGCUGGUCUUUCCCGUCUCGUCCAGGUUCAAACAUUAUCGACGGAAACGGAAACAGGCGAAAGUGAUCACGGAGCGAUUUGGUCCAUUGAAUUUAGCAAAGAUGGAAAAUACAUGGCGGCCGGAGGUCAAUCGCGCGAAGUGUUGGUGUGGCAAGUACGCAAUGCCGACAAUCAUGACGACAAAGAUGCUCCCGACGUAGAAGAUUCCAUGGACGUCAUUAAUGAAAUGCCCAUUGCCCGAUACAAAGGUCACACAGCCGACAUUCUCGAUCUCAGCUGGUCCAAAAAUAACUUUUUAUUGUCAAGCUCAAUGGAUAAAACAGUUCGAUUGUGGCAUGUUUCCAGAAAGGAAUGUUUAUGCGUUUUCCGUCAUUUGGAUUUCGUUCCCUCAAUCGAAUUUCACCCCAAGGAUGAUCGUUACUUCCUUUCUGGAUCGCUCGAUGGCAAGAUCCGUGUGUGGAGUAUUCCUGAAAAAAAGGUGGUGUUCUGGAACGAGUUACCCAAAGAAGAUAUGGUGACUGCCGUCGGGUUCACAUGGGAUGGCAAGAUGGUUUGCGCGGGUACCAAUAUUGGCAAUGUUUUCUUUUAUGAUACACACGAGCUGAAGUAUCACACCCAAAUCGCAGUCAAAGAAUCUAGUGUCAUUGGCUCAAGAAAAGGACGAAAAAUCACCGGCAUUCGCGCCAUGCCCGGCAUGCUUCCCGAUGAAGAAAAGAUCCUUGUCACCAGCAACGACUCUCGAGUGCGUCUCUAUAAUAUGAAAGACAAGAGUCUCAUGUUCAAAUUCAAAGGCCCGGUAUGCCAGUCCAUGCAAAUCCAUGCCAACUUUAGUGAUGACGGACAAUACAUUAUCUGCGGAUCCGAAGAUGGCGGUGUUUAUUUGUGGACGUCAGAACAAGUGAAUUUCUCGCCAUUUCAUCAGUUGCGAGAUAGUCGAAUCAAAGCGGCGGCGGCUUUGGGCAACUAUGGGGAACAAUUGGUCAAGACAGCGAUGCAAAGUACGACCGCGGAGGGACAGCCGACGCGUUUGUCGGUAUGGUUGAAGCGUGGUAGUGAUCGAUUGACGAAUCAUAACGAACACUUUGACGCUCACGACGAAGCGGUCACGGUGGCCACGUUUGCUCCUACGAAAACGCGACAAAUCCUUGCACGAUCGGGUCGUGAUAUCAUCUACAAGCAUACACCGGUUUACGUCCGUGUGGCACAGGAUGUCACGACCAAAGUGGAUGAACACAACUAUGUACACCAGCAGGAUUCACUCGAUAACUAUGUGGAAGCCGACGAAGAAACGCGUAGAAAAUACACCUAUCCUGACGGCCACAUUCUCGUUUCAGCCGACUAUCGCGGCACUAUCAAGAUUUGGCGCAUGGAUUCCGGUAUCUACGAAACCACUGUGGCCCCUGCAAAUGAUACAGUGAUUACUGCGGUGCCUGUCGCGGUGAGCACGCACUCACUGAAAUCCAAAGAUUCGGAUUCGAAAACUCGAUUGAGCGGUUUGUUCUCUUCCUUCCAUCAUUGAAAAAAAUCCCCUCGGUUUACUCUUUAGUUCUAUUGUUUAUUCUUGUACAGUUCAUGCUUUAAUGAUUUUAUGAAAAAUGUAGCUCUCUCCUUAUCCUUUAUAUACUUUCGUUGCAAAUAGUUGCUUGUCAAAUAAAUAUCUGUAUAACACAUUGUUUCCCAAUAUACUCGGCCAUCUAUUCGACGAGUCAAUGUGAAAAAAUGGUCGCCAACGGCAUG